GGCCAUGGCCGCUACCUUUGUUCUUUUGUACAUCGGUGGCUGUGGAUAAAUCUUGCACAGGAGAGUAUCACCUGAAAAAGAUCGACUGUCACUUGGAUAGAUAUUGAACAUGACAAACUCGUCACUUUUGCUAAACUUGAGUACAGGCUAUUCCACGAGCAUACCAACCAUUGAUGGAUUACCGCAUGCUGUCAUUUUAUGCACUGUGCUGAGCGUGGCCAGUGUUGUGGGAACUUUUGGAAACUCCUUGGUUCUCCUUUCCAUAAUGAAGUUCAACAACUUGAGGGCAAUUCCAGAUUUGUUUAUUUUUAGUCUGUCUUCGUCUGACUUACUGGUAACAGCGAUUUACCAGCCUUUUACAACUUACAGGUUCGCAAAUUGGCAGCAAGUCUCGACCAACCUGGACCUCUUGGCGACAUCAAGUUUUUUCGGACAUUUCUCAUUAAUUGCCUCCAUCACAAACAUGUUUGGUGUGACGGUGGAGCGCCUGAUUUCCAUUCGGUUUCCCUUGAAAUACAAUCUCGUGGUGACGAGGGUACGUGCAGUGGUUACUAUGAUCUGCUUUUGGAUUUUUUCAAUUGCAUAUGGAGCAGUUUGGUCCACACAACUUGUUUCCAUACAAUACCUGGCCAUUUAUUUCAUUCUGGUCUUGACUGGAACAGUGUCAAUUUACUUCUACAUAUUUCUUGUCGCGAAGAGGCUCGAGGACUCAAUGUUCCAAACCCAGAACGAGUCAGUGAAUGUCGGAAGGCCUACAACACACCGAGAAAGAAAAGCAGCAAAAACUAUCGCAAUCAUUCUGGGAGUGGCUGUUUUUUGCUGGCUCCCGGUUUUGAUUGUUCCAAACGUUCUUCCCAGUCAUCUAGACUACACCACUUUCUUGAGCGUUUUCUAUCCACUCCAUGUUUUGUCGGUAUGCAAUUCCUCCAUCAAUCCUUACAUAUAUUGCGCAAGGAGUCGUAGGUAUUCGGUGGCGUUUGUUCAGCUACUUAGACUAAACAGCUUUAGUAAGGUACAAGCGACUGCUGGCAUUACUCCUGUUUAUUCGGUGCGCAAUCCAGCAAUGAGUGAAGGUGACGCUCCUAACCGAUUCCCACUAAGUGAAAUCAACGACGUCAUUCUUUGACUUAGAAUUGACUAUCACUUAUACAGAUGUGCAACUGGCAGUUUCAGGACAUUUCAGUAAACACGUUAACCGUGAUCAAGAUUUUUGCAACUGAAAGGUCUAACAAAAUUCGUACAGCGUUUUACUUAGAAGGGACCCCGCUUGCAUGAGCCCACCAUCAAGAAUUGAGUAUACUCAGUUCUGUUCGAUGGAAUCCUUUAACUAAGAAUUAACUAAGCCAGCUAGGCCAUAGUUCUCUGUAUUGAUGUAACAAUCGAUUUUCGGAAAAACCUUCCUAAUUCUUACUGGAAGAAAAGGAUGGGCUAGGAGGUAGGAUUUGCCAGACACAGUAACACUUGUUCCUUCAAUGCCUGUUAACCCAGAAUCAAACCUCAAACAGUAGAAACAUGAUUCUAAAUUUAGGGUUAUAUACUGAAGAAACACUAGUGUCUUACCAUUAUAAAGAAAGCUAUUUAGCAGUGAUGCCGUUCGCACUUUCAUAUUUGCAUUCUGCGAUUGAUUUUUAACUUAGCACUCUUGGGGGUGACGUGGGUUUCCUUAUCAAGAGAAUCUCUUGUCACUAUAAAGCAAACCAACGUUGUAAAUAAAUGCAUGAGCCAGAAUAUAAAAGAAAUAGGGAAAUCUAAGCUUAGUGACUUAAAAUAAACUUAAAGAGAGGGAACUUGUUUCGUCAAAUAAAUGUAGGCUUCAUCAAGAAACAUCUGGCCUAAUGGAUAGCUUAUGCUGUUUUUCCUCAGCUGACUAAAAUCACGGAAAGAACCGAAACGCAAAAUUGUUACUGAAAGCAUCAUCUUGGAACUUCAAGAACAGUUACAAAUACAGUAUUUCAGGAACGUCAUUUGGCGUCUUGAACAAUAGCGUAUAUGUAUUAUUACUCUUCACGCCUUUGGAGUCGAGGAUAUAUUUGAUUUAUUUAUUUUAGGGGGGGGGGGAGUUGGUAUAAAUAUCUAUACAACAAGAUUCAAGAUCUGAAAAAUACGAAGCAUUCCUUACAAGCUAAACAUUGCACAAUUUUGUUCUUUUUCUUCUUUUUGUGGUUUUUGUCUGUGGCAAAAGCUGUCAUGACUUUUCUAGUUUUAUUGUCAUGCAGCAUUAGUAUAAUCAAUGUGUAUAUCAUAGUCCAAUUUUUCAUCAGUAUUUCUUUGCGGCUUCCCUCUUUUCACGGCGUCCGGAAAUGCAAAAAGGAAAACCGGCCUUUUCAUGAGUGUGCCAAUCCACUGAGAAACUGGAUCGACUUUGGACGGCAGAACUACGGUUCACAUCCCCAAACACAUUAUAUUCUUUUAACAUAUUUCGUAUAAAAAGAAUGGAUAUCAACAAGUUUGUAUCUAUUUAGACUAUUAGAGUAUUUCGUUGAGAUAAAAUACCCUAAAAGACGCACAAAUCGCAAUAUUGUUAGACUAUCGCCGAUAGAAAAGAUCCUCGCUGACACUUCAAGGAAACUAAGUUGAAUUACUGAAAAGGACACUCAGAAUGAAUAUCUGAGAGAAAACGAAACGUGGACGACAUAUGGACGUUGCUGAACCUUAUUUCCAGUGUUAACCCAACAAGAAAAUUUCUAGAAAAGCACAGAGCCAGAACGCCUGAUCGUCGCCAUUAUUGCUUUUCUAACUUCCCUGAUCCUGCAACAAUAAAUGAUCGGGUUAAGGGACGAACUGAGAUAAACCAGAGUUGCAGUGAAUCCCUCUGCAAAUACAGUUGACCUGCUGUCACCAUGCAUAGUUGUUACAGUUGUCAGGGAAGUGUAUGGAAGAUCAACUAGUGUCACAGCAAUGUAAACCCACAGUGAAUUAGACACUGUUUGUUGAGUUGAUCUGGUUCAGAUUGCUGCAAAACCUGGGCUUGUCGAUAGCGUAGAGUGAAUAUAUUUUCAUGUAGCAAAAUGAUGAUACCACAAUACAUAGUAGUCAGAGUAGUAUGUUUAUAACAACAGCAAUCGUGAAAAUACGUACCGACCAACAGUACGCCAUACUGUGUAAAGCCAAAACUAACCAUGAGAUAAUAAUAAUCACACGAACUCUUACAAGAGUUACAGUGUGUCUGUAUGUUAACCCUAACUGCAGAGCGAGAAGUCUGUCCACGCUUAUUGCAGUCAGCGUGUUAAGAGAAAUACCACAUAAGAUAGCACUACAGAUUAUGUACUGUACCUUGAGCUA